GGUUGUUUUCAAAUAUCAUGUUGUUGUGCACGAGUGAUAUGCAUUACCCAAACCACGAACUAUUAACCAAGACUGCUUGUGCCUAAUCCGCAAACGGCCCAUAACUCAAUACCCACCGGCCGUUAUUCCCACAUGUCCUACUAAGUCCGGUUGUUAUGCCUAAACUAAAGUUGAAAGAUAAAAAAGCAUCGUGUCAAUAUGGAAAUUAUUGCAGAUAUUAUGGUUAUCGUAAUCCAGAUAAUGAAGACAAUAGACUGAAAGUUUUAGCUGAACGCCCGGAUUUAUUUAACAACAAGGACGUGUUGGACAUUGGCUGUAAUAUCGGUCAUGUUACUUUUAGCGUUGCUAGAGAUUUUGGUGCAAAGUCAGUUGUAGGAAUGGACAUUGAUCGUAAACUAAUUAAUAUUGCACGCAAAAAUGUACAGUAUUACAUUAACGAUACAGCGCAGUCUUCCUCACACCUGUCACCAAAAAAAGAUUUUGAUUUAAGAAAUCGUAAUGAUUCAAACUGUGAUAAUGUAACCGAAUUAUUACCUAUGCAGCAUUGUCCUACUAAAUCAGUUAGUAAUACAUUGUAUGAACAAUUUCCUUUCAAUGUCUCUUUUGUGCAGGGAAAUUAUGUAUUAGAAUCUGAUCUUUUACUUUCAUUAGAAACGUGUAAGUUCGACGUUAUUCUCUGUUUAAGUAUUACCAAAUGGCUUCACUUGAACUGGGGUGAUGACGGUUUGAAACGAGCAUUUAAACGCAUGUUUGCACAGUUGCGACCUGGUGGAAUACUUGUGGUGGAGCCUCAGCCAUGGAAAUCUUAUGGUCGCAGGAAAACAUUGACGGAAACCAUUUGUCAAAAUUACAAAAACAUUCUGCUGAAACCUCCAAUGUUUACAGACUAUCUGUUGAACGAAGUUGGUUUUGCCAACUGUGAAACUCUUUCAAUGCCUCAUAAUCCAUCCAAAGGGUUUCAGCGUCCGCUCAAGUUAUAUAGAAAACCUGACAUAUUGGUAACUAGCAAAGACUAAGGUAUAUUAUCUUAGCCAUUGGUAACUAGAAACAAAUCAAUUUGUGUAAUAGUUCAACUAAAUGAUACCCAAAAAUCAUAAAUAUGUUAUUGAAAUACUCACUUUAUUUGUUUAAGGCAAUUGGAGUCUUAAAUAUGUAGGUUUUUGUUCUUAUUAUUGUAAUUUAGCAAUUGAACCACGAGUAUAAUAAAUUAUAUACCACAUUUACAUAUUA